GUGCUGAAAAAAUAUGCCGUAAUUGUUAUUGUUAGCUUGUUAGCUAGCAGACGAACCGCUGAAAUGGCGAUAUGACUGAGUAAUAACGGCUUAUUACAUAUGCACCACUAAGUUAUAACUAAUCCUAAAAUGAUGGAGGACGGUAACAGGAGUGAUGGACCUUCCACAUCAAAGGGCCAUGUAGGCUCUUUUCACCUGCAGACUCCAAAAAGUGAGGACACCUAUGAGAUUGCCAUUCCCUUUGAAGAGAACAACUUUGAGCAGCAGGGGUUCUUCAACCAGAGCGAUCAGAACUUUGACGAACCAGCCUCGAGUGCGGGCCCGUCCACAGUCAGCAACUCGUACAUGGUGAUCAACAACCUGCGCACCCAGCUCCAGAUCUCUGUGGAGAAAAACUCGUGGCUGCAGAAAAGAAUCGAGGAUCUGGAGGAGGAGCGGGACUUCCUGCGGUGCCAGCUGGACCGCUUCAUCUUUUCCACGAAGAGCCAGGGACCGGAGCAGGGUCAGAGUCAGUACAGCAACGGAUAUGAAUCUAGACGAUUCAACUGGAGGGCAAGAAGAGAGGAAAACCCCCCCCCGGAACAGCAGAAAGCAGACCAACAGCAUUUCCCUCAGCGCCAGUUUGUCCAGCGAAGGCCUGGUCCUCCCACUAUGGUGCCUGCCAAAAACCACGUCUCCAAUCCAAUAUCCUCUCAGCUCUCUAAUAUGAAUGCUUUGUACAACACAACACAAUCGCAGGCCCUUUUGCAAGGCCACAGUCACAGCACCUCAAGUACAACAGGCAGUGGCAGCAACAGCAAAAACAACAAUGCUGCGAGAUCAUCCUUAAACCAGCUGAGUGGACUCAAUGUCCCAGAUUCCCUCUCACUGCUGGGAGAAUCUGAUGAGUUCUUGGAGGAGGACGGCUUCAUCGAGGAGGACGAAGGGGACGAUGUAAUGUCAGAGGCAAUUAGCACCAACAGGCAGCAGUUAAAGAGGAGGCGAGUCCUCCGAGCGCCGCGAGAGCGGCAGAGAGUGAAAGACGCCGCAGGAGUGCUUUUUCGCUACAAGAAGAUUCUCCUGACGUACCAGCGCCUCAAAAACAUGACCAAGGCCUUCCAAAUCCACGGUGUUGACCGCAACACCGUGGCCUCCACCACACCCAUCGCCGAGCUCCAUCUCGUGGCCCCCGAGAAAGUGGCCGAAGUGGGAGAGUUUGACCCCUCCAAGGAGAAGCUGCUGGAUUACGCCCGACGCUGCUACCUCGCCCUGGACGAAGAGACGGUCAGCAGAGUGCAGGCGUUGAAGAAAAAUAACCUGCUGCUGCCCAUCUCGUACCGAUUCAGGCACUGAGGGGAGAAGGAAGUGCGAAGGGAGAAUUUCUCCUUGACACAGACGGUAGAGGUGAAGUCAGAAGAGGCUCAUCCCCUCCUAAUGCAGAAAAACACCUUUUAUUACAUCUUAUCUUUCCACAUUUCUGUUUUUUUUUUUAAUACAAUUUAUAUGUAUUUUCAUUUGACAGAUCUUUGCUAACAUGAAAAUGAUUGAUGUCAGCUGUAUUGUGGAGGUAGAGACAAGGGAAUUCUUUUGAAAUGAAAUUAAGUGUUUCUGCAAUCACAGAGGACUGUAAUUAUGGUGGUUCUUCAGUCAUUUUUUUUUUUCUUCAUUUGUGUUUUGCAAAGACAUUUUUUUUUAUCUUGAUCUGCUGGAGGGCAGCAAUUCAAACACUACUUUAGAUGACUGCAGUUUGUUAAAUAUCCAAAUUUAUAUAACUUUGUUUGUAUUCUGCUUUGACACAAUCCCGUAAGUGUAUUAACUUCCAGUGUGUAAUUUUUUUUUUUUUUUUUUUUAAUUUUAAGUUGUGACUCAUUUUUAGAAUACUUUGAACAAAUAAUACCAAUUUCAGGAUGAUUUUCAUUGCUUUUAUUGUUUUGUUUGUCUCAAUGGAUUUUUUUUAUAUGAUCCACGUUUAGAAAAACUCCAUAUUUUGUUGCAGUCCUCCAUAUUUAAAGAUGAGGAGGACAAUCAUUAAAUUAGAAAUUAGAAAAAUACAUAGGUAUGGCAGGAUAGGUUAGUCUCAAACCUUUGGUGCCGGGGCACCAAAUGUCGAUCAACAAGUUACUGGUUUUAUCGCUAACCUUGCAUUUUGUCUCAGAAAUGUUGGUCGUUUUUAUUUAUUCUUACCAUUGGGAACACCAGUUGCACCUCUGCCUAGUUUUAAUGCUGCAUUUCUUUCUUUCUUCAAAGGAUUCCAAGCAACUUUUGUAUAUGUCUUCAACCAAGUUACCAUAAAUGUAACUUCCUACGCUUCUGGUAUUAGGAAUCUUGUAUUGCAUUGUGAAAAUAGCACAGUUUUAUAUAUUAUGGCUCUGAGCUAUUCCACUACAUAACACUAUGAGGUUUUUUGUAAUAUUGUGUAGGUUUUGGUUCCUUGUAAAAAAAGAAAUUCUGUGGAAACAGC